AUGUUUCCCCAAGCCUCGCCGGCUUGGGACGACGACGGUCACAGUGAUCCUCCGUCAACUCGCUCCUCCAACGACCCUCCAGAGCAUAUGGCUCACGCCCGUUCUCGUUCUACGGCUCACACCCAUUCUCCAAAGCGUUUAUCAGUCUUCAGCGGCCGCUCCAGAAGCAACACUACCACCUCUACCUCUUCGCGUCUGUCCCCCGGUUCUUCCAUGACUUCGGUCGAUAGCUCUGUGCCCUCCCAGGACGAGCGUACUUCUUCUUCUCUGGGCAUGCGCGAGAAGCCAGACCGCUCUUCUCGUUCAUUUCUCGCUCGUGGGAGCCGCAUUCUCCGCCGUCAAGGCAGUAAGAUCAAUAUCGUCGCCACGCUGGACGAGGAAGACGAGAUGGAUAAGUCUCGAGGAGAUGGAAAUGGCAAUGGAAAUGGUGGUAUGUUUGGCCGCCGCGCCAGACACCAGGAGAAUCAGGACCGCCUGAAAAGCAUCAUUUCCGACCCCUUCGAUUUUCAUCAUCUCACCCAUACCAGUCCCGCACAAUUCCAAUCCAUCGACCAGACCCGCGAAAAUGAUCUCGUCACCGAAUUCUCCGUCAUUCGUGCCUCCCAGCGACCCGAGGCCGCCCUGAAAGGCAUUCGCGCCGAUGACAUCAACUUCCAAAAUCUUUCCGCCGAUGAUCUGCCAUUGCGGGCAUUUGGGACCGCAACCACCGUGGAUGAGCCUAUACCGAGCCCCCCCAGGGAUCUCGUGCCCACGAGAACUUCUCGCGCCCUGUGUCGAGAUAUCCUCGUUCUUGUCCCACUACCCCGCCGCCUCCAAUGGCCCCCGAGGUUCCCGCUCGAGGGGGAGCCUGCGCCUCGGGCAAUUGAUGAGAUCCUGGGACUGUCUUCGCAAAAGACAUACCCUGAGUAUAUCGAAUCGAACUCGGGGACGCAGCUCCGCUUCAGCCCUGACCCGGCUGAAACCAUGACGAUGCGAACCGGUACCUCCUCUAUGAGCAGCCACAGCCAUUACGAUCUGGAAGAUGUGCCAGAGGAAGAGGAAGCUACUCGCAUGUGGGACAGCCCCCCAGCGAGCAUUGGAUAUGGUCGUUCUCGUUCGACCUCUCAAGUUAGCCCGGGUACUAUCGUGGAGCCCUCUGGUGUUCCCGUUCCCAAGGGACCUCCCAAUGGCCUGUCUAUCUUCGUGGCUGAAGAGCUCUCCAGGAAAUUCUCCGAAGCGUUGGGCUCGCCAACCCUGCCACAGAACAUGCCUAAUACCUCGCCCAAGGAGGAAGCCGAAUUUGACGCAACACCUCCGUCAGCUCACAGCGGUGUGCGCCAGUUUGCCUCCGAGGAUGAGCUAUACGAUUCGUGGGAUGCAGACAUCGACUACUGCUACGAGCAUGCGGCCGAGUCCACUUCCAACUUCGACUGGUCCCGCACUUCUCUGGAUGAACAGCGACCCCAGAUUGGAAUUGCCUGUAGCGACGAGAGCUGGGGUCUUUCUGCGCCCAAGCCGCGACACCUGCAGCCCAGUCCGCUAAGCACCUCGACCCUCCCCACACCAGACCUGGACCCCAGUCCAGCUCACUCGGCAGUAGCUCACUCGGCAGCCACGCCAUCUACCACAGAUUACGAACGGGAUUUUGUAGUGCGCAGCGCGGGGGACUACUUCCAACCUGUCAGUUCGUCGAUCCUGCCAUCUGCACUGGGCAAGCAGAUCAACCAGGACACGCUGUACGAGGAGUAUCUCACCACUGAUGCCGAAUCCGACCGGCAUUACCCCUUCGUUGCGCAAGGCAUGAUGGCCGAGAACAAUCCGCUUUCCCCUAUCAGCAAGUGUAACUCGCAAGAAAGCUUGAUGCUCUCGCGCGCCGCUUCCAUCGUCCGCAAACACCGCUCCUCUGUCUCAACGACGAGCGUCCCCGAGCUGAUUUACAGCCUCUCCAACAGCCGUGAGCUUAUGCCAACGGACCGUCUGACAGCCGCUGAGGCCCUGGCUGCAGGGUCAAUCAGUCGCCCGCCUUCUUCCUCUCAACACCGCCAGACCAAGAGUCUCGAGACAUCCUUCAUGUUCCAGGGUGGUGGUAGCAGCACCAGCCUAGUCAGUGCAGACUCAGCCACCACCCCCUCUACUCUCAUCCAUGACCGCGCCAAGUCUGUCUCUGAAGUAGACCCGCAUCACAAGGCUGAACCGCCUCUUCCUCCUCUCCCACCCAUGAACCCUAACCGGAAGAAGUCCCGGAACCCUUCUUACUCUCUUUUCCCCACCGCUGCAUAA